AUUGACAGGGCCAAAAUGAAGGUUCACGUAAUGUUGCUGCCGCUUUUCCUGCUGCUGGAUUUAAGUCUCAUAUUGGGCGCUAGCAACUUGAACUUAAACAACAACUUUCGGAACAUGCAGGUGCGUCUGAAGACGAUAAGUACAGGUAAAAAAGUCACUCCUCCGAUACGUGAGGGUCGUGUGGAGGUGAGCUUCGAUUAUGGCGCAACAUGGGGCACCAUUUGCAGCAGCAGCUGGACGAAGCGUGAGGGGAAUGUUGUCUGCCGGCAGUUGGGACUGGGCUACGCAUCCAUGGCCAUGUCGAGCACCAAGCACGGCAACAGCAAGUCGCACCCCUGGGGCAUGGUGGGUACGCGAUGUCGUGGCACAGAACGUGUUCUGGCUGACUGCCAUCGUGAGUCGAGAUAUCCGCAAAUGUGCAGUGCCACCAAUCGUAAUGUGAGCACUGUGGCCUGUGUAAGUAAAUCCCCGGAUCUGGAGCUUGGUCUGAGGGACAUUGAGAGGACCGCCUACGUGGCCAGUGUGCCCAUGAAUGAGCUCACCUGUGCCAUGGAGGAGAAUUGUGUCUCAGCAGAUGCGUAUAUCAUACGAAGGACCAAUCCACGUGGCGUGCGAAAACUUUUACGCUUCUCUUUAAGGGCUAGCAAUGUGGGCAAUGCCGAUGUUAGUCCCUAUGCCAACUACAAGGAUUGGGUAUGGCAUCAGUGUCAUCGCCACUAUCACAGCAUGAAUGUCUUUGCCACAUUCGAUGUGUACAAUCAACGCUACCAGAAGGUGGCUCAGGGCCACAAGGCAUCCUUCUGUCUCAUGGACUCUGAAUGCAAUCCUGGUAUAGCUAAGAAAUACACUUGCGGCAAUACCACCCAGGGCAUCUCGACUGGCUGCUCCGAUGUGUACAGUCAUGUGCUCGAUUGUCAGUGGGUAGAUGUAACCACGGUGCCCAUUAACCAAAAGUAUAUUCUGCGCGUUGCUCUCAAUCCCGAGUACAUGCUGCCCGAGAAGACCUUUGAGAAUAACGGAGCCGAGUGUGUGCUUCACUACACGGGCGAUAGGAGAACAACCAAAGUAUCUAAUUGUGUGCGAAAGCCAUUGUGGCUUUAAUAAUUAAACUAAAAUAAAGAAUAAACUAUAAUAAAGAAAAUUAAACUAGAUGCAACUA